AAAUUAGAUUGGAAAUUUGCAUAAUGGAUAUAUCUUGUUCCAUCCCUGUCACAACCUUGUGUAGCUAAGUUUAAGAAGCUAUACAUCUCAAGUAAAGUGCCAAUUUUAAGUAUAUUAACAGACUUUUUCUUGAGUAAGUUGUAGUUAAAGUAAUUGUACUAUUACUUAAGUAGGACAUUUAAGUUGAAACUCAGUCCACCACUGGUAACUUCUUACAAACUACAGGAUUCAGGCCUCUGGGAAUAAUGAUCACACAGCAAGUGAGGCGGGCUGUGCGCGUGAGGCGUGUGCGCAUGUGCGUGUUUGCGUGUGAUUGUGCGCGCGGCUGUGCAGAGUUUAUUGAAAGAGUUCCUCUCGCCCUCCCCCCUCCUCCUCCUCCCUCCCUCCCUCCCUCCUCCUGCCUCCCCCCUCCCCUCUAGCCCAGGCAGCAGCAGCCUGGGUGGUCCCCCUCUCUCUCCACUUUGGUGAGCUGUUGCUUAGCAGCUAAUAAUAGGCGAUGUUUGCAAAGUAAUUUGCCUCUUCCUUGGCCAAUGGGAGCCGGAGCACUUUUCCAUCAAACCUCCCUUUUCAGGAUUUGCCGAGAGGCGAACUUCUCCAAAUGUUACCGCUACGGGACCGGAGUUAGACUUGACACGGACGGCUCAGACACGGGCUACUACUACUACUACUACUACUACGAGAACUACUACUACUCCUCUCUGAGACGUCGUUUCACAAACUCUCGGGACGAAUGAAGACUGGAGGAUCUUUACGGAUUUGGGCGCAUAAUGUUGGGAUGGAGUUUCGAGACUUAUUUGGCUCCACGGAAGACUAGAAACCGUUCCUCUAACUUGUCGCCGGCUCUGCUGGAUGCGCACCUCUUCUAUGUUGGAUUAUUAUUGUCGGUUUUAGUGAACUCGCACUCUUUCUCUAUCGCUUCUCUGUUGUUCACCCUCUUUGGACUAUGGCCUCGGAUCGCGGGGUCCCAGGGUCCGGCGUCUAUGGAGAUUUACCCCCGAGUUAUACGCGCUCCCAGCCGCCUGCGAACCCAGACCUCCUCCGGAGACCCAGCUACUGCCACGCUGCUUUCGCACUUAAACAGAUCUCAAAGGUGAUACAAAAGCUCGCAGUUUAAGAGUGGAUUGACUUUGAAGACAGCUUUCAUUCAGUCGUUUAACACGAGUUGGAAGUGUUGUGAUUAAGCAGAUAUCUAAGCGUCAGUUUAGGACGCAUGUGGGAAUGUAGGGUAGCUCCCAUUCUUGGUGUCCGGGGACCACCACAGCUCCCGGAGAGAGUCGACAGCAAAUUCAGGGAAAAGUUUGGCUCAGCUGUUUGUCAUUUAAUAAGAACCUUAAGUAGAUGCUUUAUUAGAGACUGAUGGAGACAUCAGACAUCUUCUGCCUUCGGCAGAAGUCAGAUCUUCGAUGACAGUUAAAACCCUUCGGAAUAAAGCGAUAACUACUUCUCGACUUCUCAUACUUGGCAGCAUGCACACCUUUGCUGUUUAUUUGAAUGGUCAGCAGGGUUUCAUUCAUUUCUUGUUGUUGUUAAAGCCACCAGGAGGAAGAGAGAGAAAGAGAGAGAGAGAGAGAGUUAGUAAGUAAGGGUCUGUUCCCAUCUCCGCGCUGUGUUGUGCGUGUUUUGGCUUUGUGCAGGCAGCGGAGAGCGCACUGGCCCGGGGUCUGUUUGGAAAUGUGGUGGGUCCCUGUAAAGGAAUUCACUGAUUGAGUUUGAUCUGACAAAGCAUCUUUGGACCGCCCGGAUGCUUGGACGUGUUUCAGCACUGCAGAGAGAAACCACAACAGCAGGGCAAUGUCUUCCGCAGCACUGACGUUUGCAGCACAGGGACUGAACACAGAUCCUGAGAUUUAUGUGUAAUACAGAUAUGGAUAAGGAUUAGAUGAAACUGUAUUUGUGACAAGCUUACUCUGCCAUUGGGCUAUGAGAAUGGACACAAUUUCACUUUCUAAACCUGUUGAAGUAAAUGUUUAUAAUCGGCUUCACUCCAGUGUUGAUAUGUUGAUUACAAAAUCACUGAAGACAUGAUUCACUUUAGGAGUCUUUGAUAAGAAACAGUUUGCUUUAAAUCACAAACUGUGUCUUGAAUUCAUACUUUUUAUGAAGUUGGUUGUUUUUGGAUUAUAUGACACCGUUUUGUAGUCUUUUCUGGACCAAGCUUACAGCUUACUCCAACUGUUGCUACAAUAAAUUGUGCGGAUAAAUUCAUCGUCAAUGUAAGGCGACCUUGUCCUGGAGUCUAUAUAGAGUUUAGCUAAUGUGUGUGAGGUUUUACUCUACAGGGACAGCACUGACAUAUUAGUGGGUAACCUUAACAUCCCCAUCUAAAGAGAGGGUUAUCUCUACUGAAAGACACAUCUCAAUCCAGAUGCACGUGACGUCAAGUGAUCUUGGAUGAAAGUUGUCACUUUGCAGCAACUUUUGACCAAAUUUCCCAUGCUUUGGACACAGAAAGAGAUGAAGUUUGUGUAAAGAUGUGUUGUUUUUGUUUCUUAAUAUACUAAUGAUUAUAAUCAUACUGUCCUUUUCUCACCCUUCCUCCUGCUGUGGCUCAGGGGAAGGCGGUAGGUCAGAAAGCUCCUCUGUGGAUCCGGGCCAGGUUCCAGGCCCUCCUGUUCUCUCUGGGCUGCCACAUCCAGAGGCAUUGUGGAAAGGUGCUCUUUAUCGGACUCUUAGUGUUCGGGGCUCUGUCUGUUGGACUAAGAGUUGCUGCCAUCGAAACGGACAUCGAACAGCUAUGGGUGGAAGGUGAGUUCAAGACAUCUCUGAGCCUUUCCUCUGGUUUUGUCACACAAACACAACAUCACUUGGACAUCUUUCUAAAAGUGUUCUCUUUUCACCAACUUUGUGUUUUGGAUGAUUUGUAAAUUUGCUUUACUUUAUGUGAGUUUGAAUGACGAUGGUGUCUGGUGUGAAGAUGCAUGGCGGCCAUGUUAGUGUCACCUCAGUGCCAUGGGAGGGCACUAGGUGUUCAGCGACUGACUACUUGUCUGGAUUAGAUGUGAGGGAAGAGUCAGAUUGGGUUGUGGGAGCUGGUUUGUGGUAGUUUUUGUCACUUUUCUGGAAGAAAUUAAGAUCACCUUUAGAAAACUAACACACCGCUUUGACUGUAAAAGGAGAGUAAAAGUUACUCACAGCUGUAUUGAUUUAGUUUGACUUCAAAUUUCCUCGAUGACUCUGCCUUAGCGGUGUAUUUUUUUUCUUCUAAACUCAGAGUUUCUUGCUCAUGUCUUGAUCAUUUACCUGAGAAACCAAAAGCACAUGUGACACUACUACAUAACAAUCCUAUCUCUCCCGCUUCUGUCACACAGAGACUCUGUUUUGUGCUUUUCUCACAGAGAUUACCGUGUUUGUGAUUCAAACCCUCUUUGCAUUUGACACCACUCUUUUCUGUGCGUUUCUAGAUGUAGGUUAUCUGUACAUUUUCAGCAGUACAGGCAGCUUUAUUUGGUUUUUCACACUGGCCAAAUUCCUUUUAAACCCCCAGGCUUUCAGUGCCGGGGCUGAUCCCCGCAGCAGAUGGACUGUGUGAAUGGUUAGCCAUCUUUGAGGGCUCUGACCCCUCCCCCCCUCAGCUCCCUGUGUGGUCCCUAACUAUUCUUGGAUUCCAUUCAACAAGAGGCAAGCAGGCAGGCAGGCAAGCAGGCACCACCUCCCUGAAACCCCCCCACCCAACCUCCUUCUCCUCCUCCUCACAAGAAGAGAAAAUAUAAGUGAAUGCAGCUGAAGUUUACCCACCUGUUUUGCACACUCUAAAAGCGCUACAGCAGUUGGUGAAUAUAAACAGACUCUAUGGGGUUUUUUAAGCCCACCAUGUCACACAGAGGACAGAGGGACAGGCGGCUCCCACAGGAGCUGUGUGUGAGUGUGGAGGUGUUGCAGGAAUCAAACACACACACACACUUCUGGUGCCCGGAGGAAUUUAAACCCAGAUUGAGACACAGUUUAAGAAAAUAAUUUUGAUUGUUUCUCUGGGAUUAUUAGGUUGUAGUCGCAAAAGCCUGAAUUUGCAACAAAAGCGUUAAAAUUUCCACAGUGUCCCCUUUUUUCUUUUGCUCACAGUCUGGUUAGUGUAAAAGCUUCAGGAUUACCUCUCAAGCUAAUUGGCGGAUCCAUCCCUUAAAGGAGAUGUUUAGAUGUUUGUGUGCCAGUUGUUUUGCUGUGGGAUUCAGAGAGUUGAACGGGUUUGGGGGGGUGCUGAAAAGGAAUGCUGUGCCUUUAAGAGGCCGUGGCCAUGUUUCUAAAGUUUCUGCCUGCCUUGUUUCCACCAAUAGCCCAUUGACAAAGCUGCUAGGGCCUCAAUGGAGAGUAAAGUGGUUCGGUAACAAGGAGAGGUUACUUCUCUCCCUCUGUCCCUCUCUCUCCCACACACACACACACACACACAAAAACAGAGGAACACACAUACACUCUCAUAAAUAAGCCAAAAGAGGUCUCUAAAAGACACCUGAUUUCAAAAUUAAUAUCCUCCUUUUUGUUUUGGUAGAAAAUACUUUCAAGGUUGUUUUUUUCUUGUUUGGCACAUAAUCUUAACAGGAAAAAAAAAAUCUCAUCCAGAUUGUAGCAUAAACAAACCUCUCCCUCAUGUUUCCUAAUUAGCUCAGAAUAAACUAGCUGUGAAUCGACACCGUAUGUGUUAACACGGCCAACAGGGUGUAAGCUAUGUGUGAAUUUGUGUGUGUUAGGGGGCAUAUGCUUCCCAUCAUAUAUUCAUACAUCCCCCGUCCCACCUACACUCGCACCGACACGCACGCUUGUCAUCUUUGCCACCUUCGGCGAGCGCAGCCUUCCUAUAACCAUCUGUCUGCCUGCCUGAAUUUCCUGACUGCGUGCUCGUCUGUCUGCCUGCGCUUUUGUGUACGUCUGUUUAUAUUUCUACCUGUCUGUCUGCCUUUCUCUGUGAAGUCAGGCCACCAGGGCUUUUUUUUUAAUUGCUUCCUCCCUCCUGCAGGACCAAAACAGUGAAGCAGAGCAGAGCACAGCAGCCUGGUGUGUGGAGAGAAAGUCUAAAGAGAGUAGAGAGGUUGAUGAGGUUGUUUUUUGAGGAUAAGAGAGCCUGUGUUUCAUAGUGGUUGGAUUUUACUCCUUAUGUUUUUUUUGCUUUAAGGAUUCUUGCGCAAUCACGAGGAGGGCGAGUGACAAGAAAGUAAAAAGGGGUAAUCAUGCCUUCAGUGCUCACACCUGUGCUGAGAAGAAUAAAAGCCUCAGUAUCAGGGUGUUUAGUCUGACAAGAGGAUUAAGGACUAUUUGUGGCUUACAGCUCAGUCACAGGGAGAAUCCGAGGCAGACAUCAGCCAUCAAAAAUACCUUAAAUUACUCACUCGGGUCUUAUUUAGAAAGCAGACAGUGUUUUCUUUCCAGAGAUAAAGAUAACAUUUCACAACAGUGACGAACACAAUGCAGAUGUUCUUCAGAGAAUUCGUUAACUUCUUCGAAAUUGUGUGUUUUGUAAACAGACCGAGUGCUAUCCUUCAUGUUUUAUGCCCAUAAGGCCACCUUGAGAGUGUGAAACUCGGUGUGAGCCAAGCAACGUGUGACUCAGUCUGUAUUGUCCAAAAGCAAAAAGAGAAAGAUCGUAAAAAAGAGGUACAGGAAGAAGAAGAAGAAGAAGAGGAGAGGAUGAGAGGAGACGCUGGGGGUUGGGGCAGGAAGGUUUACGGCUAGCUGACACUUUUUUCUUGCCUGUGUUUUUGCCUGUCUCACUUGAACAAACAUCAAGUGUGAGACUGUCCUGUGCGUGUUUUUCUUCGAGCACAAAGGACUGAAAGAGGGUGUUAGUCGCUUUAAUCCAAGAAGAAGCUUUGAUUUCACUCCCCUUCUUUUUUUGUUUUUAUGUGUUUGGAUAAUUGCUGAAGUCCUGAUUCUAACUGUGAGGCUUGGAUUAUUCCCCCCUGUCACAAAGGCCUGCUUGAAAAGAGAGGGAGAGAAAUGGCCUCCAUGUAAAAAUGGUGGUGUUUACACUUACAUUAACUAAACUCAUCCUUCUUGGCAGAGUUUAGGUGAGGCAUGACAGACAUGUACACAGACUCAAGCUGUCCAAAUACGAGCGCAGUGAGAAAAGGCCUAUCCGGAUAGCAGGCGCACCACAUGUCCCAUAAAGAGGCUGUGUAGAAAGAGAGGAGGGGGAGGUAAAGACCAUACAUAGUAACCAUAGCAUGAAUGUUUAGAGACUGUAUUGCUAUCCUAGCAAGCUAGCAAGGGAAUCAGACAAGGUCCUCCUCUGAGAUACGAAGAAUCAGAUCAUUAAAAGGCGGAGAAAGAGAUCGCGGAUAAGAGAAAACAGGUUUGAGUUUUUGCAAAUGAGUGAAUGCACACGUGGGCAUUCGGGUGUUUGGAGCUGUUUCUCUAAACAAACCUCAGAGCGGCACAGCAGGUAAAUGCUAUAAUUCAUCGGAGCACACACAGUGGCCCAGUUCAGACAGAGAAAGAGAGCUCUAUGAGGCAUUAUUGGAGGUGAAUAGUGCGCGGUGGUGCCCCAGCUAGAUAAAUAAACUCCCAGCGCUCAGGGCCCAGGACCUCACUGGUAGAGAGAACAAACAAGACCAGAGUCAACCUGGGUCACUUCUAAAUGUUUAUUUCACCCCUCCUUCCCGUCAUCCUUCAAUCCAAGUCUCCUUCAUUCCAUCCCCUUUUUCAGCAUCCCCCCCCCAAACACACUCACACUCACACACUUUGGACCACCCCCCAACAAAUAAACACAGGUUGAGCAGCUAUGGAUACAUGUGCAUAUGACAGACACAUGGUUUUUGCUUCCCAGAUGCAGGAAUCACACAAAUGGCUCAAUAUCUGUGUUUUUAGUGCAAAUGUGCAAAAUUUUGACCGUUUGCAACAGUGAAUGCAAUAUUGAAAGAGACUGCAGAGCAACAGAAAACAGGAUAAUGAAAAUUCAAUCAAUAUAGUGAGGCACCCUUUCUUCCUUUGCUAAAGAGCAACCUUUGUCUUUGGUGUGAGCCAAAUAAAGCGGCACCAGUCACCUUAGAGUUUGCACCAUUUACCUCUGUCUUUACAGCGUGAAAGUAUAAAAAAGUAAAGGGUGAGGAAGACUGAGAGAGGCUGAACAUUUUCUUGGUACUUGGGAGGAAAAAAAAAGAAAAUGGUUCUUGUGCUCAAUAAAUUCAUUUCUGGUUUGAAUGAGACCAGCAACGUGGAAAAAUUUUGCCUUUCAGGGAGGGAUGAAUGUAUGUUUCAACCACACAUUAAGCAGUAUUAGCGGUCAGUGAAGUGUCUAAUGUGACUAUUUUUCACAGUGGCCAACUCUGCCCAUGAUUAGCAUAAUUAGCAGAGGCAAGCCUAUACAUAUGGAAAUAGAAAGUGCCUAAAUGCCAACCCUGGUGGAAAUUUAUGUGUGGUGGCUAACACCACUGGCACGUCUGAAUAGAUUGUAAGUGAAACUGAUUUUCAUGUUGUUUUUGCAGUUUUUACUACUUUGAGGUGUGAUCUCAGGGUGCUUGUUUUUUUUUUUUUUUCUCUCUCUCUCUUUAUUUUUUGAAGCGCUGGAAGCUGCAGCUCUCAAACUUUGUCAUGGAUCAAUUUUAUCUCCUCAUUUUCACACAUAAAUUAGGACUUUCUCUUCUAAAAUAAUACAGCUGUCUUUGACGAUUAAUGAACAGAUACAGCAUACGAGCAGAGACAAAAAAACACACACACACUGUAUUUCUAUAGGUAAGAUACCAAAGUGCCAGCUUCUCUUUCUUGCCCCCCAAGCCUCACCCUCCCACAGCCAACCCCGCCAUUGUUUUACAGGCUGGGAAAGUGUUGGUCCAUUUGCUUUUGUUGUUAAAAAAAGAGGAAAAAAAAGUUCCUUCUUUAUUUUAUUCUGCUGUUUGUUGGGAAACAUCUGAAAGAAAUAGAAGGGUUGAAUGACAAAAAAAAGGGGUUGCAUUCAGUCUGCGCUGAAGGAUUGUAUGGAGGACCGGCCCAUCUGCCGGGGGCAGUCCGCUGUAGGCUGUGCCCUGGCUCGGGAACGCCAUAGGGCAGGGCCGGGCUGAUGAGGACCGUGAUUCUGGUGGGUCCAGAGGUGACAAAAGGAGCGUGAGGGUUUUUUGAGAUGGUGGGUGCUUGGCAAAGAGGAAGGAUUUUUCAUCUCCUUUGCUGAAAAACCAAAGAAAAAAGGAACAGAGUGAAAAGAGAGAAAAGUAAAUGAUGGAUGGAAGAUGUCAGCCAGGGGAUAGCUAUUUAUCUCUUCUAACUCGACUUUAUUGAUCUGAGCUUUUCCCACAGAAACUCUGCCAUCAUCUCCUCUAACUUGUCCUAGCUUCAUAGCUGCGCAUAUAGCAGGUAGGGGCAUACAUGUCACUUUCAGCCCUCUUGGUCUUGGGUCUUCCUCCAUAGCAGCGUGGGGCCUUUCAGCGGCCCCCUAAUCCAGCUAAUCUACCACACUGAACUUUGAAGGUGGCCUGGUCUGACCUAGCAUGGCCUGGAACUGGAACUAGGCCUGUAAGCCACGAAGACAGAAUAGUGAAAAGAAGAAUAGAAUAAAUUUGAAACACAGCACUUUAAAGGUGGCCUCGCCUACAUCCCGGAGGCCAGAUGUGAGAAGCCGCACAUUUUUCACCGAGUUAGGGGAUUCUGGGUGUUCGUCUCUUUUGGAAAGGAAGGGUCAGGUGGAGAGGAAAUGAGUGAGGUUGGUGGAGACAGGGUCCAGUGUUUACACCGGUGUACCCACCCAUCCAUUCACACACACACUCAGAGGCAAAUAUGCUCCCACAUUCAUUCAUGUGUUAUAUCGUAUUCGAGCACCCACAGAUGUGAGACCGUGCCUGUUUUGACAUUUUCCAUUUGCUUUCCACGUUCCCAACUUUGUAACUGUUGUGAAAGUCCUUUUUAGUGGUGAAGCUACUAAACGAACUCACGUGUUGCAUCCCAAAAAAGCGGGGAUGUUUCUCCAAAAAGGCAUCCGCUGGAAAGAAAUGGUGAUGUAAUUAGGAAUGAGUUGUGCUCAAUUGUGAUAAUAUCUUUUUUUGGUUUUGAUCAUCUUGCCAAACCCUGAUGAAUAUUUCAUGCUUUUAAAAUCGCUCGUGUAAUAAAAUGAUCAGCCGCCGGUCGUGUCGAAACCCUGACUUCCACACUCAAAGGCGCUUUCUUCCCAGGGUGGAAAAAAUUUCCGGGAACUGUCUCUUUAAGGCUGUGUGGAGCACAGGCAGAGUGCAGGGAGGGGGGGUAGGGGGAGUGAAAAGAGUGAGAAAAAGGGAGAAAAAGAGAAUGACAAGGGAGGAAGAGGAAAAGAGCGACAAGAAGAUAGGAAGAAAGAGAUAAGUAAAGAAAGGAUGAGGUUCCUGAGUGGUAGACCGAGCUGAGUUGAACUAAGCAGAGUAGCUGCGGAGCGCAGAGUUGGGUGGUUGGGGCCGGACCAGGGGUUGAGGAGAGAAGGCGAGAAAGAGAGAAGAGAGAGGACUGGCUGCCUGGGUGGUCCAGAUGGGAGGAACGAGACACAAAUAGCUAUAAUUUACUUCAGGAGGCCUGUAAUUACAGAGCCAGAGUCUCUCCGAGCCACCCAGUUCCUGUUGGGAUCAAAACCCCAUGCUGCAGAGGUUAACAUACGAAAUGUCAAAAAAGGUUUAGCAGAUGUCAAAGAGGUCCGUGUACGGAAAAGGUUUCAUUUUGAAGUAGCACUUUUUUUUUGAUUGGGAAUCUGUGUUGGGAGGAAAUUGAUCGGGGUCGAGGAAAAGUGUUUUGUAAGAGCUGUUUUACACUAACCUGGAUUUCCUGAAUGCUCUCUGCCUGUUUCAUGACAGAUUGACAACAGUUCAGUAAAACUCAAUUAGAAUCAAGUUACUAGGAGUAGUAGUUUCUAAAAGUCUUAAAGAUAACUACAUCUACGUCUUUUCAUGUCUCCCUCAGAACAAAAGCAUCAAAUAAAAGCAUUUCGCAUUUUUAGGGCUUUUUCUUGGAUGAACUAAACGAGACACCUUGAAAAAAAAGACUCCCAUGACGGAAAAUAAACAAGGUGACCUUAUAUUCUGAAGCCCCUGUGUAGGUAAUUAAAGCCUUGAAAGCAAAGCCUCGAAAUAUUGGAGCGUUUCUCCAAGGCCGUAAGUCCUAACCUGAUCUCACACUUUCGCGGCGUAGGCUGAAUAGUUUGUUUUUUCUUUUCUCCCCAUCAAUUAUAAGAGCCUGCUCUGGGCUGGGGGGAGGUGCAGGGAGCAAGAGGGAAAGAGGAGAGACAGAGAGAGAGAGGAAAAAAAAAAAAGAAAGAGGGAGAUGGACAUAGAGAGUGAGAGAGAGAGAGGAAAGUGUGAGAUGAAGAGGCUGUUCUAAGUUGAGAGAAAAAUAGAUUCUGCGAAGUGAAAGUGAUACAAGGAGUAACAGGAGUUGAAAUUAAGGAGAUUCCAAACUUCGCCCACCUCCCUUUUUUUUCUCCCCUCCCCUCCCCUGCUUCUUUCUCCCACUCUCUCUCUCCCUCUCUGUGGUUGUCAUGUAGUGGGACAGCAAGAGGGGCAGACGGGCCCUCUGUGAUCCAGCGCGGCAUGUUUCAUGUCCACUUGGCACAGGCACAGAUCCCCCCGGCUGGCAAACCCUUUUCAGGGCAACCUCCUGUAAUUAGGGGGCUGGAGUCUACCGCACAGCACAACACAGCUCUCUCUCUCUCUCUCUCUCUCUCUCUCUCUCUAUUUUCAUUGCUUCUCUAUCCCUUUUAUGCUUGUUCAUAUUUAUCCCUCUUUCAAUCUAUUUACCUUUUUUGAUCUCCUUAUCUUCCUUUAGCUUUUUAAUGCCCCCACCCCCCAAAAAAAACCCUCUGACCUGGAUAAGUUAUAGCCGUACAAACUGCAUCUCUUAUCUUCUCAAUUCAGAAUAUCUCUAUCGAUAUCUGCUGCCCAGGACGGAGUGGCAGAGGGGUUUUGGGGGGGGCACCAGAGGCCUGGUUUUCCUAACUAACAGGGCACAUCUGUUCUGCAGAAGGAGCCAAUGAGAAGCCGUAUUACUCAUUUCACUUGGCCAGACACUGGCUUGUGUGAAGUUCCUUCAAAACCAACACUGGCGAGGGCCAAGGGCGUUGGUCGAUAUAUGAGUGUGUGUGUUCUUGUAUAAGUGUGUGCACUGCACAUAUAUACACACAGUCCGCUUUGUUAUAGGAUCCAAAUCCAAACGUGUGUGUAUGAAAAGAAAAGUCUAUCUAUCUAUCUAUCUAUCUAUCUAUCUAUCUAUCUAUCUAUCUAUCUAUCUAUCUAUCUAUCUAUCUAUCUAUCUAUCUAUCUAUCUAUCUAUCUAUCUAUCUAUUUUAAGAAUUAAGUAUAACUCGUCUUCUUUUCUUUGUUUUCCAGCUGGCAGUCGUGUAAGCACAGAGCUUCGUUACACCAGAGAGAAGCAGGGAGAAGAGUCAGUAUUUACCUCACAGAUGCUCAUCCAGACCCCCAAAGAAGAGGGCACCAAUAUCCUUACCCAGGAGGCUUUGCUGGUUCACAUGGAAGCCGCCCUGUCAGCUAGCAAGGUCCAGGUGUCGCUGUUCGGAAAGUAGGUGGACUUCAUUUUUUUUGUGUGUGUCAAAGUUUAAUCUGCUCAUGCUUGACCUAAACCUCAUUUUAUCUUCUCUCUCUCUCUUAUAGAUCGUGGGAUCUUAACAAAAUAUGCUAUAAAUCAGGAGUUCCUAUCAUAGAAAAUGUCAUGAUUGAAAGGGUAAGUUCAUGACGAAUCUGAAUUUCUGGCUCAUCUGAGACAAUUUUAUCCCCGAUCUGUGAUGUUUGAUCAUUCUUCUUCUCUAUUUCCUGAUCCCAGAUGAUUGACAAGCUAUUCCCCUGUAUGAUAAUCACCCCACUGGACUGUUUUUGGGAAGGAGCCAAACUUCAAGGAGGCUCCGCCUACUUACCGUAAGUCUUUGAAUAAUAAGCUAGUUUUUAAUUUUAGUAUUUCUUCAAAAAAAACAUUCAUAGAGAUUCUUGCCUCACUCUGCUGUCAUUGCUUCCAACUUACCUGCAUUGCUGACUUUAGCUUUUGGAGGGGGUCUGUACCCGUUUUACACACGCUCAAUGGAGACAUACAGUCGGGCAUUGAGAAGUCAGUCAGUGGGUGCUGUGACUGACAGUGGUGGUUAGUAAUAGAGUUCUUUUAGGGCCCAGUGAGGGACUGCAGGAGGGGAGGGAUGGAGAGAGAGAGAGAGAGAGAGAGAGAGAGAGGACAUGGCUGCUGGAGAAAACUGGGUGGUGGGUUGGUAGAACGGAGGACAGGGAGGCGGUGGCGGUGGAGUUGGUGGUGGUGGUGGCAGGGGAGCCCUUUGGGUCAGACAAUGGUAAGCAUUCUUUCAGUUUACGAGUGAGUGUCCAUCAGUGCAGGGGCCCCGGAGGAGGGUGGGGGGGUGGGGGGCGGCUUUGUCAGCUCACGGCUAACACUCGGCAUUCUCAUGGUAAUGCCCCGGGCUCCCAGCUCCCAAGUUGUCCAACAAAUAAAAUGGGCAGCAUUCAAGCCUCAAGUCCCCCGAGAAAGACUGAGAGAGGCUACAAGACGGUUAACAGUGGAGUCUGGGCGUAUUUGGGCAUUUGCGGAUUCAGGUUUUUUUUUUUUUUUUCAGGACAAAGUUCUCUUGAGAAAUUGAGUCACUGAAAGAGAGCUUUUUUUGUCGUCAGAGGUGAUAUUUUAAUUGAGUCCUCGGUUUAUAAAAGAUAGUUUAGCUCAUAGCAGAUGUUUCUUUGCAGACGACUUAUUUGUUUAUAUUCAUGUUGAGAGCCGACAGCUGUAUGUUGCAUGACAAGCCAGCACACACAGAAACAAACACAAGUUUCCCAUCUCUAGCAUCUCCCAGUUGGCUUGUGUAAAAGCCGAGCGACAGUGAGAGAGGGAGAAGGGGGUCUUUGAUGAUUCACACGUCUUCCAAGGAUUCCUGUAAAUCGCACAAAGUGUUCGGCAUCUGUUGUUGUUUAUCAAAUGCCGUUUUUAACUCGCUUUUUCUCAUGUGGAGAAGAGGGGGAACUUGUGGCGGUCACUGAGGCCUGUGUACCCAGAGUCAGCUUCCGCUUCAUUUCAGCUCUGGUUUUAAAUAAAAAAAAAAAAAAAUCAGAGUGAGAAAGAGAGAGGGAGAGGGAGAGAGGCAAACUGGGUAAAAGAGUGAGGAAGAGUGAGUGAGGGAGAGAAAAAACUUAGGGGAACAAAGAGCAGCAAUCUAUGAAAAAACAAAAGGGCCCAGGCCCGGUUCACUCAAGCAAAAAGUGGCUGAUAAAGGAGUGUGUCUUUGCGAGCAGCAGCAAAAGAGAGCCUGGUAUGUGGGAAUAGGAGAGCAGCGCUCUUCAUGAGCCAUUGGAGGCAGAUUGAGAUUCUUUUAUUUCUCUCUCUUUCUGUCAGUCAUUUCUUUUAAACUUCUUUUUUUAAAACCUUUACUGAAAAGAAGACUCCAUCUUGAAAGUCCAUCUUCGAAUCAUCCCAGUGUCAUUUUCUUUUUCCUUUCCUCUGUGUGUAGAGAAUAGAAAGUCAGAAUAGUUCACUGACUUUCUUGAAAUAGAAAGCUCAUCUUUCAGGCGCAUGUGGCGGCAUAUUCACUAUUAAACUAACAACAACAGCAUAAAGUGUGACGAAUGAUAAAAGUGUUUAUUUUAUUUGACCUCAAUUUCAAGCGAGUUUGUCUAGCGUACUCUACGGUGAAAAAUAACGCAAACGUUCCUCCACUGCUUCUCCUCACUCACUCACUCACUCACUCACUCACCUUUCUUCCUCCCAAUCCUCCCACUUCCCUCCCUCCUUAUCAAGAUGUUUGGGGGGAAGAGGUAAUCGUUAUGACUCAAUGCAGGACAUUGAGGAAUGGAAGUGAGCAGGCAGCCACUGUGCCUUUUCCCCGGGCAUUGUGGCAGCGUGAAACAGGAUAAUAAACGCUAUUUUAUCCUGUAUCUGCAGCUAGCCUCCUGUGUAGCCCAGUACAACGAGAGAGUGAGAAAGAAAGAAAGAGACAGAAUCGAACUAAACUGAAGGAAUUCCCCUCGUAAGCAUUAGCAGGAAUGUGGAACUUGUGGGAACAGAGUGAUAAAAGUUAUCUAACAGUUUUUUCUCUGAGUUAAAGUCCAAUAUGUUUCGUGUGAUGCUUAUUCUAAGUGUUGUUGUGCUCUGCAGGGGUAUGCCAGACAUCCAGUGGAUGAAUCUAGAUCCAGUCAAGCUGAUGGAGGAGCUGAGUCAGUUCACCUCACUGGAGGGAUUCAAGGAGAUGUUGGACAAAGCACAGGUAAGACAAACAGAUACACUUUUAGAAAUUGAUUCACAGGUUUUAUACUUUUGCAGUCUCUGAGACUUUUGUGGUGUCGUUCGAUUCAUCAGGUUGGACAUGCCUACAUGAACAGACCAUGCCUUGACCCCUCCGACCCUGACUGCCCUCUUAGUGCACCCAACAAAGAGCAAGGAGAGGUAAAAAUCCACAUUUUAGGCUUUGUCGACUCAAUAUUUUAAAAUAUGACAGUAAUAGUUACAAAAAUAGAAGUAGUCCCCAACACCCCAGAAUUUAUCUGUCUGUUCCUGUGUUACUUGUCUAUUCAGAGCCCAGACAUUGCUGGGCAUCUCCAGGGUGGUUGCCAUGGUUUCAGCCGGAAGUUCAUGCACUGGCAGGAGGAGCUGAUCCUGGGAGGACGGGUGAAGAGCAGCCAGGAUGCUCUGCUGAGGUGAGUGUUUAUAAAAUCACGUAAAGAAACAUCAGGAGCGAUUUCGCAGAUGAUGUUAUUUUGUCUCAUUGGAGGAUGUAACAUGCGACUGACGUUGGGACUGCUGGAUCUGUGUAACCCCUAAUAACCCAACACAUGCAUGACAGGAAUGCCUCGUACAGAGAGGGAUCAGUUUCCUGCGUGACCCUGGUCUAGGAUAGGCCAAUUAAAGAUGAUUGACAGACCCAUAAAGCCCCCCCACUGAGUUACACAUUUGUUUUGCAUGACACCAAAGAAGUAGAAGAUGUAUGAGGAGGGCAAAAAAUGUGAGAUUCACGGGGCAAAAAUCUUUGCACAGGACUUUCUGCAAAACUUUCUUUACUGUCAUUGACUUCAACUGUAUUUAAAAGCCAGUAGAAAUAGAGAGACACCAUGGGACCAAAUCUCACAUCAUUACUCUUGCGGGUUCAAGAUAAUGAGAGAGGAUUUCCAUCCCACCUGCACAGGCCAGACUCACUCUCAGAUGUGAUUUAUGAUCAUUCCUCUCACAUUUUGUUCAGAGCUGCUGCUGCUGCUGCUGCUGCUCUUCUUUGACUCCGCCAAGAAAACCUGAAGACAUUUAGGUUCAUAGACGAGAGGCCAGCAGACAAGCCGGCUAGAUAACACCUGCUUUUAGCUGUUUACACUGGCAGACAGACAGACAGACAGACAGACAGGCAGACAGAUCCUAGAAGAAACAACACCUGCUUUUAUCCAUUCACAGAGAGACUCGUUCCUGUUGCCAAACCGGAUCAUUUUUAAUGUGAUAGUUGUAAAACGGAGGUUGUUACUGAUCUUAACACACAAUAAACCAUGUUUGUCUGAUUUUUUGGAGUGUCCUGAGUUUAUGUUGGUGUGUUUUGCAGUGCGGAGGCUCUCCAAACUAUGUUCCUGUUGAUGAGUCCCAAGCAGCUGUACGAGCACUUUAAAGAUGACUACGAGAUCCACGACAUCAACUGGAACGAGGAAAAGGCCACCGCCAUCCUCGAGUCCUGGCAGAGGAAGUUUGUGGAGGUGUGGAUGCACAAAAACACACAUUUUAGACAAAUUCAAACCCUCAAAAAUGGAACAAUGUAGCCUCAAAGAAAAAUAGAGGAAGAUGAGGAGGUAUUUCCUCGUACCUAUGUGGUCUUGUUUUUCUUUGGUGCGCACAAACACACACUGCAUGGGACUUUUUCUGCUGCGUCUGAAUUCCAUCAGUCUUCAGCUCCCUUGUAAAGGGAAUCACAGGGCACCCAAGGGCAGUAGGUGUGUGUAUGCAUCUUUGUUUGUGUGUGUGUGUAUGUGUGUGUGUGUGUGUGGUAGACCAACCAUCCCUCUCUGUCAGAGCCCUAGUUAUAGGAACAAGCUGUUGCUGUGAUAGCUGACACCCACUACGCUGAGGGUAAGGAGGGAGGGAGAAAGGAGAGAAGGGACAUGUGUGUGAGGGAGGAGGGGGAACAAACUCAAAAGUUACCUGAUAGAAACAUGACACACUUCCUCCUGCCAUAUUAAAGAAGAGAAAAGAGAACUUAGAGAGAGAUUUAAUACACCCGCUUUAUACUUGAAGGUAAACACCUUUGUGAAGCCCUGUGGUCCGUUCAUGGCACAGAGGGGAGGGAGCCGUCUUUCUGGCCAUGUGAUCCCAUCCCUUUGACCUUUGACCCCACAACCUCUGGCAUCUGUGCUCAUUACUCCUCAGUUGUCAUACAUACACACGCACUCACACACAUGCUAACACAUGUGGAAACACACACAUCCUUACUCACUUUCACACACAUGCUCAUUUCAAAGGGACGGGUGUUUCUUUUUUUCUGUCAGAGAUCUUGAAAUGGGGAGUUGAAGGAGAAGAUGCGUGUUCAUUUGAAUGUAAAGUGCAGCUUUGUCUAGGUUUAAAUAUGAAGACGAUGUGGUAUAGAACAGUGGUUCUCAAGUCCAGUCCUCGAGGCCCGCCGUCCUGCACACACCUGAUUCGAAUGAUCAGCUCGUUAUCAAGCUGGCUUACUAACGAGCUGAUCAUUUGAAUCAGGUGUGACAUUUCCUGUCACUCUGAAGUAUAAAACUGGAUUAUUAAUGGAUAUCUUUCCUUCAGGUGGUCCACCAGAGCAUCCCGGAUAACUCCAGCCAGUCCAUCCAUGCUUUCUCCACCACUACCCUCAAUGACAUCAUGAAAUCCUUCUCCGAUGUCAGCGUCAUCAGGGUGGCAGGAGGAUACCUGUUAAUGGUGAGCUCAAAAGUGGAUUUGCUCCACAAAUUAUGGCUGAAAAUACCUGAUCGUAUUGAUAUCUUACAUGAGUGUCUCUUUUAUUAGCUGGCCUAUGCCUGUGUGACCAUGCUGAGGUGGGACUGUGCCAAGUCCCAGGGGGCUGUGGGGCUCGCCGGGGUGCUGUUAGUGGCUCUCUCUGUGGCUGCAGGACUCGGUCUCUGCUCCCUGCUUGGCCUUUCCUUCAAUGCUGCGACCACACAGGUACAAAACACAAAAAAAUAUAUAACCCAUAAUCACUGUGUUAUGUUUCUAAAAUGAGGCUGAUUUCUUUAAUUGAAGGCAAAGAUUUUAAUGUCAGACACGUCUGUUUUCUGUCACAGGUGCUCCCCUUCUUGGCUCUCGGUAUUGGUGUGGAUGACAUGUUUUUGUUGGCUCAUUCCUUCACCGAGGCUGGAAUUAACAUCCCCUUUAAGGUACCUUUUGAGAUACUUCCUCCUUCUCUCCCCUCCUUUUCUCCUUUCUCCUUCUUUUCGACACUUUUAACCUUUUUCGUCUCUAUUUUCAGGAGCGAACAGGAGACUGUUUGCGGCGCACCGGCACCAGCGUGGCUCUGACUUCCAUCAACAACAUGAUCGCAUUUUUCAUGGCCGCUCUCGUACCCAUUCCUGCCUUGCGAGCUUUCUCUUUGCAGGUAUGUUUUUCUACUCACACACACAUGCACCCACUCACCCACAUGUGCACAUAAACACAUGCACACAAUCGCUCACCGAGAGGCCUGGGGCUCCUUUGAAAAUGAAAGAGAUAACUUAAGAGAGGUGACACUUAUUCAGAGUGAGGAAGCCUUUGUUGCUAGUUUUAUUGCCGCUGCACCUACGAGGCCAACUUUUCUUCCUGUGUGCAUGUCCCUGCAUGUGUACAUGCACAUAACGUGUGUUAUGUGGAAUAAAUAGAGCAAAGAGUGAUAAACAGACAGAAAGAGAGAGAGAGAGAGGGAGCAAGAGAGUGAGAGGGAGGGAGGAGUGGAUCAGUAUAUCACUGGCCCGUCAAAGCGGUUUGCUCUGAUCUGUGACUAACUGUGGGUGGUCUGAAAAGCACAAGCACACACACAAAUACACACACGUAGACAUACACAGAGUAGAAACCACAGCCAGUUAGAAUGUCAGCUUCGGGGAAUGGGGUGAGUGAAGGGUGAUGGUUUUGCUCAGACUGCAAACAUAUAUAUUCCCUCCUUCUCUCUUUUUUCUUAUAGUUCUUUUAUUUGGUGUUUCUUUUCUUUCUUUCCCCUCUCUCCUUUUCUGGCUCACUCACUAUUCCUGGCUGGUGAUUUAGAGGAAGGCUUUCUCUACUUUUCUCGGCUGUGGUCUUAGAGGAAAGAAAAGGAGCCCUGACUCUCCCCAGCUGGAACACAGUGUCUGUAAUUUCACAUUAUGUUCCCCUGUUUUUUCUCACUUCGCCUCUCUCUCUGUAUUUUUUCUCCCCAGGCGGCCAUUGUGGUCGUGUUCAACUUCGCCAUGGUGCUGCUCAUCUUCCCUGCCAUCCUCAGUCUGGACCUCCACCGGCGUGAGGACAAGCGUUUGGACGUUCUUUGCUGCCUGUACAGCCCGUGCGCCGACCGCGUCAUCCAACUGUCGCCACACGAGCUGUCGGACGCCGGGGAGCAGCCGCACACUCCCACGAUGGCCUCGGCGCACAUGCACCAGUACACAGGAGGGUCGACGAUAACCACCAGCACCCAGAUCACCACCACAGUACAGGCGUUCACACAGUGUGACGCAGCGGGGCAGCAUAUCGUCACCAUCCUUCCACCUACGUCACAGAUCUCCACCAGCCCGACAUCCAUCAUCGUCUGCCCAACUUCACAGCCUCAAGGUAGAAAUUUAAGAGAUAUUUGGUACAAUGUGUAUUGUAAAAUCCUCACAUUUGACCUUUGGCUUAAUUUUUUUAGCUUGAGUGAUAAUUUUCUGUAUAUAUUUCUUCCUUUCAGCCAUCACUCCUUCCCCGACCACCACCUCUGUGCCUGACCCUUACGGCUCCCAGCUUUUCACCCCGACCUCCAGCUCCACGCGGGAUCUCCUCGCCCAGGUUGAGGACUCCAAAUCGGGAAAGAAGUGCGUCCCGUUCCCUUUUCUGCACUGGAACCUGUCAAGCUUCGCCAGGGAGAAAUACGCCCCUCUGCUCCUCAAACCCAAAAGCAAAGCUAUCGUGGUGAUUUUCUUCCUGGGCCUCCUGGGUCUCAGCCUGUACGGGACCACCAUGGUGCACGACGGUCUCUACCUGACCGACAUCGUGCCGCGCGACACCAAGGAGUACGAUUUCAUCGACGCCCAGUUCAAGUAUUUCUCCUUCUACAACAUGUACCUAGUGACCAUGGAUGGGUUCGAUUAUGCGCGAUCACAGAGACUGCUGAUCCAGCUGCACAACGCCUUCAACUCUGUCAAAUAUGUGGUCCGAGACAGCGACGGAAAACUGCCCCGGAUGUGGCUUCACUACUUCCAAGACUGGCUCAGAGGUACGAAAUGAGAUUUAGAGGUGUUAUUUUUUAUGAGUGAGUCAGGUAAUAAGCACCUCUCCGUCUCCCCCGGGGUUUCUGAUGAUGGUGAUGUCAGAAUUGGGAGAGUGUGGAGCAGGUUUUUUCAGGUGUGAGGAAGUGUGUGUGUGUGUGUGCAGGAGAGAGAAUGUGCAAAGGGUGAGUUAGAGUUCAUUCAUGCUUUUCCCCCCCAUCCACCUGGGCUUAGGGGGUGGUGCAGGAGACAGGUUGGGGUCAUAGGUUAUCUGUGUGUGUGGGUGGGUGGGUGGAUAUGCGCAUGUGUGUGUAUGUGUGCCCUCAGGGGAUGUCAUGUCAGAGAUGCAUUCAAGAGGAAGUGACAGCGAACAGGUCAAUCAGAGCCAGCUGCAAAAAAAAAAAAAAAAAAAAACAGAUGGAAGAAAUGAAAGAAUGAAAGUGUUCCUAUUUUCAACAUGAGUGCCCACAGGAAAGCCCCGAUAGUUUUGUGUAAAAGAAAAUAUAAUAUCUGUAAAAGACAACCACAGUAACUUUCUUUUGUGUGUGUGUUUAACCUCACACGUAGGUCUCCAGGCUGCGUUUGAUGCUGACUGGCAGGCAGGCAGGAUUACCCCUGACAGCUAUCGUAACGGCACAGAGGACGGAGCUCUGGCGUACAAGCUCCUCAUCCAGACCGGCUCCAAAAAAGAGCCUUUCAACUACAGCCAGGUAUGUUCAAAAGCUAUGAGAAACACUUUUCAGACGCAGUCCACCUGUCAAACCUUCAGCAAUGUGUGUGGCAUUACAGACAAGUGAACCACCAGCUGGUGUUUUAACAUUUAUUCUGAUGAAGUAUGAAAGAUUCAAGCUUGACUCUCGGUUCAUUUUUUUUCUAGCUGACUUCUCGUCAUCUGGUGGAUUCAGAGGGUUUGAUCCCCCCAGAGGUGUUUUACAUUUACCUGACAGUCUGGGUCAGUAAUGAUCCCCUGGGCUAUGCUGCCUCUCAGGCCAAUUUCUACCCACAUCCAAGAGAGUGGAUUCACGACAAGUACGACACUACCGGGGAGAAUCUGCGCAGUAAGUACCUCCCACCUGAUUUUUAAGCGAAGAAUAAACCCAAUAGAUAUCAGAUAUCAAAUUUCACCUUUAUACCUCCGCCUCCUCCUCCCCUGCAGUCCCAGCUGCAGAGCCCCUGGAGUUCGCCCAGUUCCCCUUCUACCUGAACGGUCUUCGCCAGGCCAGUGACUUUGUGGAGGCCAUUGAGAGUGUGAGAGCCGUCUGCGACGAAUUUAGCCGUCAGGGCGUCUUCAACUACCCCAACGGAUACCCCUUCCUGUUCUGGGAGCAGUACAUUGGCCUCAGACACUGGUUCCUGUUGGCCAUCAGCGUCGUUCUGGCCUGCUCCUUCCUGGUCUGUGCGAUCUUGCUGCUCAAUCCCUGGACUGCUGGCAUCAUUGUAAGUCUACAAAAAUCAAGUCCUCAUCAUCCUCACCCUUCUUCUUCCCCUCGCUCCUCUGCCGGUUUCUGUUGAACAUUUUCCACCUCAUGCUACCUCAACAACAUCAUUAGCCCCUUCCUCUCUCUCUCGCUCCCUCUCUUCUUCCCCUCACUUUCUUCUCACCCUCCUUAGCACAGCUCAAUAACACUGUCUAGGGGGCCCCUUUCUCUCUGUGGAGGGCCAGUGCGCACACACACACAUACAGGGACCUUUGUCAUUCUAAUGCAGGCUGGGCUGGCCUUAGAAAAGGAAAUGCAAAGGAGCAAGAAAGGCUUUGCCCUCCUGAAGCCUCUACCUCUAACUCCCUCGCUGCUUUUGUGAGGGCGGGGGGAGAGGGAGAGACUUGGGGACAGGACGGAUCUACCAAGUUGCGACCUUGGCCUGCUCAACCCAUCCAUCAGGGAUAUGUGUGAGUGUGUGAGGGAGUGAGAAAAAGAGAGAGAAAGCGAUAGUCUGAGUGUUCACUGGUUGGAAAACAUUUCACACACAAGCUGGUGGGACCGAUGCUCCCAAAGGGCCCCCAAAACUCACUCACACAUACACAAAUCCACAUCUCUGUAAAUGCUGGUGGUGGUUGUGGUGGUGGGGGGGCUGCAGUAUAGCGUAACAACAGUGCCAGUUUCACUUGGAAUGUGUUUAAUUUAAGCAGCACUGAUUGAGACAGCAACACAACACAAUCACUUUGGACAGAAAGAGAGAGAGCGAGAGAGCGAGGGUACAUGCAUGUACGGUUUCCAAGCAUCAGCCCGCCUCUGAAGAUUUCACCCGACCCGUAUGUGGUCGAGCAGUAAAACGGCUUUUAUCAUUUCCAAUUUAACCGUGCCUCGGCUCAGAGCCCCCGCUGAGAUCAAAAGCUCCCUUUGGCCUGGAAAACCUUUUCUACUCCUUGUUUUUCAGACUCGUCAUUGCUGUUUGUAUUGCGGUUUACAGUACAGGAACUCCGUAUUAGUAAGAUGUUGCUUUUAAAUAUCGGAAACAGUAAAAUAAGCAAACAGGCUAACUAUGUCGUUAAACACACGAGGACUUUGUCCUCCAAAAAUGGAGACAGAUGUAUGUAAAUAUGGUUGUUACAGAGGUGAACGCACGCUGUAGUAUCAGGCGAGUGUCAAUCAUUUCCACUACCUCAUAGAGCAGAAGGAGAAGAGGGGAAGGUAUUAGCCUCAGGGUGGGUAAUUUGAUGCCAUGUGGUUAAGAUCCAGAGCACAGGGUCAAAGAUUGUGUGAGGUGAAGAGGCAAAGAGCUCAGCAUAGUCACUGAAGAAACACAUGUUCACUUUUUGUCCACUCAGUUUUCUUCUUCUUGUAACCCACUUGUUUUUCUUGUUACCUUUAUUAUUUUUCAUGCACCAGCAGAUUAAAACGCUUCAGUUUUUUUUGACAACCUCUACCUGUCGUUCCUCCUCAGGUGUUCAUCUUGGCUAUGAUGACCAUAGAGCUGUUCGGCAUCAUGGGUCUGAUCGGCAUCAAGCUGAGCGCUAUCCCUGUAGUCAUCCUGAUCGCAUCAGUGGGGAUCGGAGUGGAGUUCACUGUCCACAUCGCACUGGUAAAUCUGCACUCAGCAAACACACACACACACACACACACACACACACACACACACACAUGGAUUAGCUGUUAGGGAGGCUGAGCUCCUAAUAUUAAACACCUACUUAACUUGAAACCUGAUACUUCGGUCUGACUGUUGAGUACUUUGUCAGUGUACUGCUAGUUUUAUGUGUGUUUGCCUAAAGGAGAGAAGGGUUAUAUCCAAGCAGGAAUAUUAUUUUCAAUCACUAAUCAAAUGCAGUUUUGUUGUUGAAAGGAUUUGUAAUCAACAGUUAAUAAAUGCAAUAAGCAGUAGUUUGUUGUUGAAACAUUAUUUUAACGUUCCGAUCCCUGAGGUGUAUCAAUCCUGAAAUAGAAGCGUUAAAGUUGAAAGACGAUUUACAAGAAAGCUUGUGUAGCGCAGUGAUCUCCUACAAAACCAAAUGCAGGAAUUGCGAUGCGCGCCAAGCCUCGCCACAAGCACAAGUUCUGUGUGAUCGGCAAGAUUUCCAACUUAUUCCUCCUCCUUGCUUCCCUCUGCUGCCGCAGGGCUUCCUGACAGCGAUUGGCAACAGAAACAAGCGCUCGGCGGUGGCUCUGGAGCACAUGUUCGCCCCAGUGGUCGACGGAGCGAUUUCUACGCUGCUGGGCGUUCUGAUGCUGGCAGGCUCUGAGUUUGACUUCAUCAUGAGGUGAGAUGCUGUGCGUGUGUGUGUGAGUGAGUGCAUUUGCAGAGUGACUAUACACAUAGAAAGCCAUAGAAAGCCCGUUUGUUUCAAGAAGACGCAGUAUCAACUGUGUGUGGUUUUUUCGUGUGUUUGUGUGUGUGGGAGGCCAGUUGUCCAGGCUCACUUGGGGAUAGAAGGCAGCCUCGUGGGGGUCAGGGGUGCAUGCAGGUGGAAAUGUUAUACCCCUAUUUAUGCACACACACACACACACACAUACCCACACAAAGUGACAAAUAUGCACCUGGUUCUGUCACUCCGAGCACACACAUAUUCGGCUCCUCCACCACAGAGCACAACAAAUGGGGAAAACAUCAAGGGUGUGUAGCAGCUGCUCGUAAACAUGGAAGUGUUCUGCUACCCACUGGGUGAUGUGUCUCUCUCACACACACUUUCACACACACACACACACACACAUACAUACACAAGGAAAUCUGUAAAAAUUCCUAUCAUCCGUUUGGCAUUCUCUCCCUCCAUGUUGGGUGCCGUAAUAAAAAGCAGAGCUAAAUUUGAACUGGUCAGCGCGUCAGAUGGUCUGAAGCCCACCAACAGACAUCGCUCCUCUUUUCAUGUGUGUGAGACGAUGUGCAUGUAAAUCGUGCGUUCUUGUGUGUGUGUGUGUGUGUGUGUGUAUAUACGUGUGUUUUUUCGACCACUGUUUCAUGGUCAGGGUGGAAAAAAAGGCGAAUAGCUUGAUGUUUUUCAACCCAAUGUGGUCCGGGCCCAAACCCGAAACCACAACCUUGAGCUCACAGACUGCAACAGGCCUCCAUGACAUAAAAAGAGCAGCUUUCCCUGCAGAAACAGAGGCAGAGAGGAGAAAGAGGAGGAGACUGGCUCUGAGGGUGGCUUCUUUGCAAGGAUAUGAGCUCCUGGUGGGUGGGUAGAUGGACGUCAGAUGAACAGAUUUUGUGUUCACUAAGAGAGGUGUAAAUAAGACGAAAUCGUGGGGAAGAUUGGAAUAAAUUGGAGCGCGAAUUCGAGAGACGAAAACAGACAUGAGAAAAGGAGACAGAGGGGGGAAAGCAUCUCUGUUGGAGGUCUUGUUUAACUCUAGCUGUAGCUGUGGUCGGCUGAAUGGGGUAAGCCAGAGCUGGCUAGCUGGGGAGUAGCAUAAAUAUACUGCCGUAAACAUCUCCUGGCCUUGUAAUGCACUGAAUAAACAACAAGCUUAAUUCAGCUCUGCUCACACACAUGCGAACAUGGCAUGCACAUGCACAGCCAACACACAUAUGGAAGAAAUGCACAUAUGUACAGGCAUGUAAACACAUAUGCAUGCUUUCUCUCCUACACGCACACACACACACACACACACACACAAACGCACACAUGGCUCCUCAGGCCCUGACAACGAAUGGAAAAGAUUACAGUUUAUAUAAACAACAGAAUUCCUCACAGUGAGACACUGUUGGAGGUCCUACUGACGUCUCACUCCCCCUCUUUACUUCUUUAUCCAAUGUAAGGAUGCUGCGGUGUGGAUUUCAAGUACAAUUAGCAUGAAAUUUGGAGUCAAUUUUAUGCCAUAAGAAAAAAAUUAUGACCUAUUUAUGUUUUUAAAUUCUGCGUGUGGUUUAAAGACCGUCAAGUUUGAGCAGACGGCAUAAAGAGAAAAAAAAUAGUCUGAAGCGUUUUGUCAAAAUUGGUUUGUUUGACACGCAUUUACACUCUGAUAAAGGAAGAAAACAAGAGCGGCCAUAAAAGAGGGAAAGUACAAACAUGCCAGAGACAGUAGGGAGGAGAAAUGAGUGUAAAUAAUGUGGUGAAAUCACACCCACUAUACAUGCAUGCCAUGAUAUUUUUUCCUGGAGAGAGAAAGAGAGAGAGAGAGAGAGAGACCUCUGUCAAAUGCAGUAGUCGUAAGUGUCAUUAUAGGAGUCCAUUCAGAGGUCAGGGGUGUGCUUCCAGCUAUUAUUCCUGUCCUUCUUGUUUUUUCUCUUCAUUCCAGCAGUCUUUUUUUUCUUACCUCUUAAAGUCUGGCUGGUGGUUAACAUCUUACUGUCUCUCUCUCUCUUUUUCUGCUUUCUGUUAGUGUUUAAGUGGAGUCCUCUCUAAUUUUCUUGUGGAGCUCUUUCUUGUGGCCUGCCUCCACCCCCUGGCCUCCUUGGAGCUCUGCUGCGAUGCACGCACAUACACACGCGAAAAGAAACAGAGAGAAUACACACAAACACGCCGUGUGGGUGAAAAAAAAAAGAGAGUGAGAGAAAAGUCGUGUAGCUGCAGCAGCAGAGGCAUCAAAGCAUGUUUUAGUUGGACUGAGCUGGGAAUCAGAUUUGCCCCCCUCUGCCUUUGAUACACAAACACUGGGCUUUCCCUGACUUCUUCCCCUGAGCUACUUCCCCUCCUCGUGUGCCAACUAUGUGUGUGUAUGGAGGCGUGCAUACACGUGUAUUCCCGUCAACAUAAAAUAUCACGCCACUCUUCCCUAGAAUUCUGUUAUUCCUACAGGAAAAAAUGUCAACUUAUUUUAAAAAAAAGGCGCCUUAACAACCUUGGACUUCUGCUAAAUCUUUUAACCUAAAAAAGAAAAUAAGAUUAGAUGCCUAAUUGCGCUGUAUGAGUUUGCAAGUUCUGUAUGACCACUGAGAUGCUAAUAGCAAUUAGCCGCAGCUAUUAGCCAACAAGAAUAAAAAGAUGUUUCUAACUGACUUUGUCCCUCCAUCCUUCAGGUAUUUCUUUGCUGUGUUGGCCAUCCUGACUGUUUUGGGGAUGCUGAACGGCUUGGUUCUCCUGCCUGUUCUCCUCUCCAUGAUGGGCCCUCCAGCUGAGGUCACGCCAGUCGACAACGCCAGCCGCCUGCCCACACCCUCUCCUGAACCGCCUCUGCCCCCGCCGUUGACUCACCACGGCUACUACACGAGCCACCAUAACCCACGGUCGUCUCACCAGCAGGCUUUUUCGGAGUCAUCGGACUCUGAGUAUUACUCGGAGGUGACCACCACAUCAGGGAUCGGCGAGGAGGAGUAUAAGUACUGUGACAGAAGCUCGUAUAUUGCAUCGCACACUAGCGCUCCACCUCCAACAUCUCACAUACUGCUGGAAGCCAGCAAGAACCCCAGCUUCCCCAAGCUAACGGUAUGUCACAGAGUCAGAAGAUUAGGUGGAUAGUUUUUUUUUGAGUCCAUGUGUUCAAGUCAAAGUAAACCAUGAUGUUGUGUUUCUUUUAGGUGGUGAAGCCAUUCAGAGAGAACGCAACAGGCACUGGUGGGAGGAUAGAACCAGUAAACGAAUCCUCCCACAUUGCACAGUCACCUCUCGGCUCUCAGCUUACCUGCUGGGAUGGAAACAAGCGGGAGACACACCAGGGUUCCCAGAGGCUCCAGGGACCCCCCAGCCAACAUUUACCCAGUGACAGAGCUCACUUCCCUGGGAGGACUAGUCAAAGCGGUCCCAGGCACAACGGCAGAGGGCCUCAGCCAAACAGGACUAAAGGGCCAAGCUAUAGUCAUAGCAACUCUGCCCUGCCAACUCAACAGAGCUCUGCUGGGGGACCCGUUACCAUGGUAACAGCCACAGCUUCUGUGACAGUGGCUGUGCAUCCAACCUUGCCAGGGGCAGCUUACCAAGGCUACAUGCAUGAAGGUUUUGACACGGAUAGUGAGUCGGACUGUUUUGAGGCUGCUAAGAGGACUUGUGGUGACAAAACAAACUUUUCUUCAUGUAAGAGAGACUCUCUAGAGCUCCAGGACUUGGAGGCAACACAGAGCCAGGCGGAGCAUCAGCACAGCAAGACACAAGGUGAUUAAGCAACUAGUACAGCCUGACUUUGGUCUCAUUAUAGGCGUGUUAAAAGCCAACUAUCCACCAAUAACAAGUGAAGAGAUACAUGAAUUUCUAGCCCAAGUUUCACCGUUUGUCAAUGUCUCACCCUUUUCCCUCGUCUCUGUUUCUCUGCUGCAGGUGCGUUGAGGAUCCAGGCACCCAAAGAUUGCUAGACUCUCACACAUCCCUGCCUUCUUGCUGCCUUCUCCAUGGCUGCUUCACAGAGCACCUUGACGGCCAACACGGCCCUACAUCACGUCUUGAACUCUCGUUGUACAUAGACUUUACACAAAACGGAGAGGAUUUAUUUCAAGAACAUAUUAGGAAAAAGAAAAAAGGCAUUUUAAGAAUUAUAUAAAUCUAUGAGUAUAUAUUUUAAUACUAAAAAAAGAAGGAAGCUAUUUAAAAGAGUACUGUAUAACUUGGGUAUACUCUUGUUUAAAAGUGCAGAUGUUUUGUUUUUUUUUCUGUGUUUUGUGGGGCAGUUGUUGUUCUUUUCGCUCCACAUACUGUAUAGAAUAAGAAAUGUCCCAUAUGUAAAAAGUGUCCAGAAAAAGUGAGAUGUUAUUAAGAUAUUAGGCUAUUGAACAUAUGUGUCAGUGUUUUAUUUCUAUUUGUUUUUAUUUCUUUUAAUUCAUUUUUUGCUGCUACACUUCAAAAUAAUUUUAAGUGAUUUGCCUUAAAAAAUGCAGUACCCCCCCUCUUCCCCCCCUCUGGUUUUUCGUCAGUGUAACUUUGUGCACAGUAUUAUACUGUGAGAUAUUCUGCACCUGACACACGCUCUGUUGUAUUAUAAGUGUAGAUGUCUCUGUGCACUGUAAGAAUAGCAGAGAAUUACACAACAAGUACUGUUUUUGUGACAGUAGUAACCGUCGUGCCUUUGACUUGUCCCCCUUUCUGUGUUGUCACAGUGUUCAGAGCUCAGUAUUAAGUUCUCCAUUUGUCAAGAAGCAGUAACAGACUGAUGUUUUAUUUGUUUUUUCAUAUUUACCAUCAACUGCUCACCUUAAAUGUUAUUCUGGGUGUCCUGUUGUCCUCUGCAGUUUGAAACUACUUGAAGGAGCUGUGAUCAGAUUUUUUUUUUUCCUGCAGUUUUUGUAAGCUCUACAGUGGGUGAAGUUCAAAGUUGCCACUUUGUGUUCAACGAUUGCUCACCUCCUUGUUUUAUUUUGAAAGGGAAUUCUAAAAUCCAAUGCAAAGGGAGUGAUUAUACAAUGUUUUAUUACUUUUCAGCAUUUUCCUCUUUCUUCGCUGGCUGCUUGGGGGUUAAAACACAUUCAAGUUGUUGUUGCCCUGUACAAAUAUUGCCUUAUUCUUUAAACUGGUUCAGUCUAGUUCCACCCGCUCGCACUCACUUUCUAAUUUCUCAUUCUCCUUGCUAAUACAAACCUCAUAUGCCUUUCUUUGGUAGGACUUUCAUGUAAUUUGCUUUAAUACAUUUCUGUUGUUUUUUUUAUUGUUGUUGUUGUUGUUCAGUAUUGGUCUCAUCACUGCCAGGUUAAAUUGCAGGGAAAAAUUGCAGAUCUAUUUUCUAAUGUCAUUUUUUUUUUUAAAGUGGCAGCUUCGGUUUCUUUUGUAAAUAUGAAAGAAAAGUUAAGUAGCUACUGUGCAGUUGUGAAUUUUUAAAGAAAAUGCAAGCACCAUUUACAGUUUUUAACAGACCACAGACAGCCGCAAGGUGUUGUCAGACAGUGGUGAGGAGUUUAAAGGGAGUUUGGGGGGGGUUGGGGGGGGGCUCCUGCAUUGGUUUGUAGUUUAUUACAAGAGAAAUUGUUAAUGUCAUGCCAUAUAAAUUAUUUAUAUUAAAAAUUUAUUUUUGUAGUUUGUACAGAUGUUAGUAUUUAGACUGAAGUUCUAUUUUUAAAGAGUGAAUAUAUAUUAUAUAUAAAUAUAUCUAUUUGUUGCCAAGUUUGUUUUGUUUGCAUUUUGGGAUGGGGAGGGCGGGGCUUGGGUUUGUGGGAGGGAGGGGUUGACAACACUUUAGAGCAGAGGCAUUUUUUCAGUGGAGCAGAAGGGGGACAGUUUUGGGGGGACUAUGGAGGAGAAGGUGUGUAGGGUUGUGUCACUGUUACACCUUGUUCUUAAGAUUCCUCUUGGCCCUCCCUUCUUUGUUGUCAUUUUAAAAGAAAUGUCUUGUCCAUGUCUAAAACACUGUGACUUCUGAAAACUAUGCUCAAGAUUUAAAAAAAAAAACCCUUGUGUGACCGAUAUGUUCCCUCACCUGCUAUAGAAAUCUAACUAACAAAAUAAAUUGAAUGAAAAGAGUGAUUCUGUGGUUUGCACCUGUUUUUUUUCAUUGUGUGAUUGUGUUUGACCCUGAAGAGAAACAAAGAGUAGGUGCUGUUGUCACAGUGCCGGGCAGUAAACUAACUCGUGUUUGCUGGUUAAAUAGACUAGAUCUGUUUUCAUUGUGCAUUGUUGAAGAGUCAACAAAAGAUCUGGUUUCAGUAUGUUGAAGUUUUAGAUUCAAAAGCACAAUUAAAUCUAUUCUGAGUUGAUUUGUAGGCCUCAAAGUCUGUGUUACCACUAAUCCAGGUGGAUGCUAAAUAUACAGACUCUUAGAAGAUCUUUCAUCUGCUUUUAUUCAGAAAGAUUGAGAUGUUAAAAUUCACAAUACAAAUCCCAAUUUAUGCACAUGCAAAAAAACAAAGUCUGCUGUGUCUUCGCCAUCAGUACCUCAGUUUGGGCUGAGGUACUGAUGGUAAACACGCGCCCUAAUAACAUCCAUUCACUUUUUUGCUUCAUCUAAUCAUAUCUGGGUUGUCUAAGAUAGUAUAGAGAUGUUUAAAAAAACAAGCGGCCUGCUGUGACACAGUCCAUUCAACUGAGUUAAAUUUUUCCCUCUUUCUCCUCUUUGCCAACAGUCAAUUACAGCAACAAUACGAUACAAUACAAUACACUGUACUUUAUUGCCCCAUCGGGGGAAUUGGUCUUGGACCCCAUUACUGUACAUGCUCAACUGCAACAGGAUCAAGGGGUGGGGUGCAUGAUUUUGCAGAGGUUACAACUCACUGCAAGAAGGUUCCUGGUUCAAACUCUGGCCGGAGCCUUUCAGUGUGGAAUUUGUAAACUUAUCCCACGCACCUGUGGGUUCCCUCCAUGUACCCUGGUUCCCUCCUAGAGUCCAAAAACACACUUGUUAGGUUCACUGGUAACUUUAAGUUUCUGAUAGUUGUGUCAGUGUGUCAAUAUGUCAGUACUGAAGGUUGGCAACCUGUCCAGAGGGGCACCCUGCCUCCUACGCUAAUGACUCACAAAGUUUGGAGCUGGAUGAACUUGCUAGUCACGUCAAAGUCAGGGUUUGUAUCAUCGGCAUGUUGUGCAACAGCAGGGCAAACAUCAUGCAGCCACAUGUGGAUAGAGAAGAGCUGGGUAGCACUUCCAGGGAGAGGAGGAGGAGGGGCAAAUGUGAGCGUUAGUGGAGCAGAGGGACAGAGAGAGCACUGGAGAUCACUGUCAUUUCUAGACCAAACAAUGAGAGACUUUAGUCCAUAUAAUGAGAGACUGUGCCAAACCAGUGCUGAUUGUAAAGGGAUAUUCCGGGGUAAAAUUAAUUUAGGGUCAAACACACCGUAACACCGUGCUAAACACCCAUUUGAGAGAUGAAUGUUGCUGACCGCUUGCUUCUCUAGUUAUACCAACUUUAGUAAUGGCCGCACAAUAGCAAUACACAGCGAUCUGAGGAGCCAUAAACAAACCUCAACCAAAAA